CACACCACAUGUCCACACCCACCACCAACAACACGGGGACCGCAUCAGAGAGCAGCUAGCAUAAAGGGUAGGGAUCGGGAAGGAUCAACACAAAUUUUUAUUGAUAAUAAAUAGUAAACACACAACCGCAAGUCCAUGGAGCUGUUAAAAAGGGUUAAUUGAUUAGCUAGCUGGGCUAGAGACCUACUUUUACUGAAUUUACGGUAGACGGACAGAGUUUACAAGAAGUAGAACUGAAAGUGACACCUGAAAUUGAGUGGGAGCAACAGGUACAAUGAGGGUUUCUACACUGUCAGCACUAGUGGGGUUGACUGUUGGGUUCUGCCUUGGCUUCAGUGUCUCCAUCCUAAUGGGUGGACAUACGGGUGGCGACCUCUUUCAACCCAGUUCUCAUCGCGCCGUCGACAUCUUCAAUGCUGCUGCAGACAGAGUCGAAACUAUCUUAAGAAGAUCUCCGACGGAACAGGGAGCUGUUGUUUUAAAACACGAGCCAAAUCUUGAGGUAGAAAAAGCUGAUGAAUCCAACGCUAAAAAGCCGAGAAAAAUCCUCUUAGAUUGCGGAGCAAACGUGGCCUCAACCGUUCUGCUGUUUCGGGAGACGUAUCCCGACGGAGCGGACUACAUCAUCCACUCGUUUGAAAUUGACGACCGACUGGCCCCGUACUUUAGUCCCUAUGAAAAACACCACCUUCACUGCCCUGUUGGUGUCGCUGGAAAAGACGGUAACAUGACGGCCUUUUCGGAGAUGGUUUGGGGUCCUAAUAAGGGCAAGAACAACGGAGCUGACAUGCAAUGGGGAGGGGGGUCACUAUUUGUCGGCAAAUCGGAAUUGAAAGAUGAAAAAACAGGAGGAGGGCGGAAACUUUCCUAUCGGAAGACCAUCCCGGUCAUCGACCUCUCUAAGUGGAUCAUGGAAACCUUUACCAUGGAAGACUACAUCAUCUUCAAAUUGGACGUUGAGGGCGCCGAGUACGAAAUCCUGCGAAAGAUGAUCAGCGACAAAGCCUUUCAAUAUAUUGACAAAUUCUAUGGGGAGUAUCACGACUGGCAACCGACAGGCUGGGCUCAGAAAGACAAGGAUCAGAUUCGAACGGACGUCAAAACAGCCGGCUUUUCAUUGGUGACCUGGGUUGGUGAGAGACGGACGUAUAGCGACAUUACCACCAUGAAUCCAGUCAAUGUACCUCAAGAUACGCCAGGCGUAGAUGGUGCAAUCUACUCCAACUGUGAAAAGGGCUCAAUAUCUCUAGUAGUAGCUGUUGGUAUGAACUAUAAACGCGCAAACCGUGUAGUGGCCACACUAGCAGCCUACAGGAUACCGCUGCCCGUCACGCUGUUCGUCUACGGAGAUUUCGCGCAGACAUUUCCUGAGAUGGUUAAGUCUUGGGCCAAGCACUUUACUAUCGGGAUACGGGAGGACGGACACAAUCCUCCUGGUCACAUCGACCUCAUGCCCGGUAACUGGAUCCGUAUGGCGCUGAUUAGUGCUUCACGACGUCUCGAGGAAUUGGGGUUGAAGGCGUCUUAUUACCUACCAACCGUUGAGGGCAGUGUUAGUAAGGCGAUCAGCAACGAAGCGAAGGGGAGAGGACUGCGGAUUGUUAAACCAGCUGUCGAAUUUCCGGCUGCAAAAGGCUCAUCAGCGCAGCUAACUGUGGACAACUAUUACAGGUUCCGCGAUGUGGAGCGUGUGCCCAAAGCACUUCGUCUCAUCCACGAGGCUCUUGUCAAGAAUAAUGGUGGAAUACUCAGUCUUGAUACGGAUCUACCUGAUACCUACAUGAACUCUGUCUUUAUGAUGGACUACCUUGUUGAGACCUCAGGGUUCAAGAUGGUACCUAUCAAUGAGUGUGUUGCAAAAUCAUACUAGACAAGAAAAGUUUUUUUUUUAUGUAAGUGUCAGUGCUGUUUUUGAUAUGUGCACUGUCUUUAAAUCAAGAUAAGGUACAACAGUGGUGAGGUUUUUCAAACAACAGCCACUGGUGUACUUACAGCUUCUGUGAGUCAAUCUGUGGUUGAACCUCACCACUGCUAAAGAUGAGCAGGGCACCGGUGGCAAAAACUUCAACUUUAUGGAAUGUUGGCUGGUAACCUAUUUCUGCUAAGCAGGAUAGUUCUGUGCUUAGCAAGAUUGUGUGCUGACCGGCUUCAUGAAAUCGUGCCCUGUAAGACUCAUUGUGAUGCGAUCAAGCAAACUAUUUCUUAUUUUUUUGAUACAGUUGAAAAGAGCAUAUUUUAUGUUUUUAGGCUGUCAAAGUCCCAAUUUGAUACCUUCGUUGGUUAAAAAGUUGUGAAAUUAUAAACACUGAGAGAUAAGAAAGAAUGACACUGAGGAAAAGGAGUAUAAAACUGAGUUGUUUACGAAACAAACCAAGGCACAUUUUUUUUCAUUGCCAAUUUGUACCACUUGUUGAUGUUUAGCAUUAUAAAAUAAGAUGUAUUUUGUCAUUUGUUUCUUCAUAAUGAUAAUUCUGACAAACGACUCAGUUAGUUUGAUCGCAUCACAUACCUCUGUGAAAAGUUUACUUUCUUUUUUAAAGCUCUUGUCACAUUUUUACAAGAUUAAUUUGUUAAAGUACUUUUGUUUUAAUAGCUUUAGACACAGUUUGCAUUAUUGUUGGAUCGAUUGUUGCUGAUGAUUGUAAUUUUCACGUUUGUAGAGGGAAGGGCUAGUUUAGAGAUUGUAAAGGAAAGGGUAGGGUGGGGGUUGGGAAAAAUCUUUGACUUGCUCUAUGUUUUACUUCUAUCUGGUCCCACUUUCUUGUUUACCAUUUCAUUUAUUUACUUUUAAAAGAUGUAGACUAACUAUUCUGCACUUCUGGACCAAUAGUGUCUGUAUAAUAAUUGCACAACCAUUUAUAUUUUAAAAGAUUUUAAAACAACAACCUUUAAAGCCAUUGGACCCUUUCGGUAAACAGUAUUGUCCAA